AUGCUAUUCAACAUCAUUUUCCUGGCCCUUGGGGCUGCCGCUAUCGCAUUGCCGGAAAAGGCCGACUGUCCUCGCAUCAGAUGUAUAGAUGGUGUUAAUAAAUGUGGAAUCAAGUACGGCAGAUGUUACGAUAUGUGCACGCAUUCUCAGCCGAGUCCUCCGCCAUGCCCAGAGAUUACAUCGGCCCCGACGACGUUGCCGCCGGUAACAUCAACAGCCUCGCCUUGCACUAGUACGGGAACUGUUUGCGUCGAUUAUCUCAGGAGCUGCGGAUCGCCUCCUACUGCCAUCCUCACCUAUGGAGGGUGCUACCCAGCCUGUGGCCCUACGCCGACUUUCUCACCACCUCCAUGCCUAGAGCCAACUGAAACUUCUGCUGCAUAA